GAAGAAUGAUUAACUCAAGUGUGGAAUUUAAAACGGAAUUCACAACACAAUGUAAUCCAAAGUGAAGCAGCGCAAUUCAGAAGUAAAUAUGGAAAACAGCGAAAUUCAGCUUGGAGAUAAAAAUAAACAACUUGAGUUUUUAAGAAACAUAUGGAAAGCAGCAGAUUCAAAACCAAAGGUGGUUAAAUCCAAAAUUGAUACAACAGAUAAAUGUAACAUUGAUUUAAAUUCAAAGAAAACAAUACGACUGGAUAGAUAUGCAAGCCCACAUUCUGCUGAGUCACAACUGAUUACGGAUUCAGAGGAUGAAGAUUUUUUAGAGAAUAGGCAAUCCUUAUCAUAUCCCGCCAAAUCCCAUGCUGCCGAUGAUGACGACGACGAGGUAAUUCACAACAACUUCUUCGCCAGAGAUGUAACACCUCAAGUCGGACGAGAAAUCUUUACCACUUCAAGUCUACCUACUGGUCUUAUCGUCGUCGUGAACUCCGACAGAUCAAAAUCGGAAGCGAGAAAGAGUUCCGAUGAUGAAAAUCCUCCUCAAGAAGAAAUUGGUUCUGAAGAAGAUUCAACAACCACUGAGGCGUCUAAAAGUGGGUGGAAAGACAUAAAGGCCGGAAGUAUGGUCAUGCUGUCAGUAAGCUAUAGGCAUAAAGCAUGUAGAAGCAUGGAUGUUACAGAUCUUUCGAACGUUUUCUAUCGAAAAUCACAGUCAGGCAUAAAAUAUGACGAUGAAUUUUCUGAUGGUGCCAACGAUGAUUAUGACAGCGACCACUACCAGACUCACUGCCACAACCAACAACAUCAUUGUCACCACCAGCACCAACACUGUCACCACAACCAUCAGGGACACCACAUUGUCUGCCGCACACAUGGCUCUAGCUAUUCAGGAAAGGAGGAAGAGAGAAAAGAGAAAUAUCCAUUUGAUUACUGCGAUGUGGAGAGAGAACCUCCCAAAAGCUUCAGGACUAUUGGAGGAUGUGGAACGUGUCGAAAUUGCAAAACAGGAAAUAUGGUUUCCACGAUGGAGCAGCUAACUGAGACCAUUGACUGUGAAAUCCAUGAUGUGGUCCCAGAUGGCAACUGUCUCUUCCGCUCUGUUGUUGAUCAACUGAGAAUGAACGGAGAAUUCCAUUGGACAGCUAGAACUAUACGUCAUAAGGCGGUGGAAUUUUUGCGGGAAAAUCCCUGUCAUGAAGAUGGAUCUCACCUUGGGAUGUUUUUAUCCACCGAAUCCUGGGAUGGAUAUUUGUGUAGAAUGUCCAGAGACAAGGAAUGGGGCGAUCAACUUAUUUUACGAGGAAUCAGCAGUGUCCUGGGAAGAACUAUUUCGAUCAUCAGUGCGAUUGGAAGUGGCCAUAAUCAAACCACAAUCGAACCGUCUAUUCCUAGCGAUGACAUUACAAAGAAGGAACCACUGCAGUUGGGUCAUUUUGACGAGCAACAUUAUGUUAGCCUCAGGAAGAAAAACUGGUCAGAUACCUGGUUUGAAUUGGUUUCCACAGCGGAUGCCAGGUUAUUCCGUCAAGUUUCCGUGCCAUGGAAACUACUACGCUCCGAUUCCAUAAGGUAUCCCGAACCACGGAAACCUCAGGAAACCUGA